GGUAAAAGCCAAACAGCAUGCUUCCGCCGAAAAAAAACGAUCUAGAUGGCAAUCCUGUAAAUCUGUUCUCAGAAAAAGAAAUUAAGGACUAUUAUAAUGAUUUUAUUUUCGACUUCAAUACAUGCACGGAACUACCCCAAUUUUUGGCUGGAAACCCCGAUUAUGAAUUUUCAAAACAAACGAAUCGUCUUACACAAGCAGCAAUGGAAAUUCGAAAAAUUAAAGAUAAAGAUCUGUACGACCAACAUACGGAUAUGAUGCAUGAUUUUGCCAGAAACCCGCGUAUUCUUCAAAACUACUUCAUCUGCAAAAACAAGGCAUUUCUGAAAUUAUGCGAGAUUUUCGAAGUUUUCAAAUUCGACAUUUUUGAGGGAAGUAGUAUAAGCUCUUUUCAUUUAUGCGAAGGUCCUGGUUAUUUCAUUGAAGCUGUACACGUUGCUUUGAUGCGAUCUCGUGGUAAAAAUGAAGAGAUGAGCUAUUGGAAAUGGGGUGCAAACACAUUAAAUCCAUAUUUUGAAAAUAGAAGUUGUUUCGAUAAGUUGAUUGAUGACUCCCAUAUUCGACCAACCAUGGAUCAAUGGUACUUCGGACCCAGCGACGAUGGAGAUAUUGAAAAAUUUACCGAAGAAUAUUUGAUCAAGCAGAAGUUGGCAGGAACUUUUGAUCUUGUUACUGCAGAUGGAAGCACCAACACUCAGGGAAAAGAAGGUGAAAUUGAGUCAAUAGUGAGUUCACUGAUAUCCGCGGAAGUGGAAGUUGCAUUAAAACUUCUCAGAAGAAAUGGUCGUCUGAUUCUGAAAACCUAUCGAUUUUGUGCCAAAAGUACAAGAGAUGUUAUGAAUCUUCUUGCUGAUAACUUUUCGAGUAUCAAAGCGAUCAAGCCAAUGGCAAGUCGACCUGGAAGCUCUGAGCGAUAUAUUGUAUGCGAUGGAUUUGGAGGAAGCAUGAAUAUGGAUAUCAGUAUGCUUCUUCAAUGCGAUGAAUUUUUUGUUUAUAAGCAGAUUGAUCGAAUUGAAUUACAUUUGAAGACAUUCAUUGAGCACCAUAGAAUGUAUUUAAAAGAUAAUUGGAAUUCAUUUUUGAAAACUAUGAAGGAUAAAUCUUUUACUGCAGAAAGCCGCUACUUCUGUCGUGAGCUUCAAAGCAUGUUUCCAAGUGGUUCCUCUCGAUCAUCAAGUCCAUGGAUGCGGUUAUAUGGUCAUAAUUUGAUACGAAGAAAUAAUCCCGAAGAUUUAAAAAUUUCUAUCAAUCGAUACAUUCUGACGGCUGACAUCUUUGAUCCAGACUACCAAAAGUUAGAUGUUGAACAAAUUGUCGCAAGGAUUAUGGAUCAAGAAGAAAUUCUGACAACGAGUGACAUCCAAUUACGAACCAUUGAUUCAUUAUUCGUUGAUCCUAUUGCACUCAAACAAAUGUUAUCACAUAAUUCAAAGAUAUACUACGAUCUCUUCGAAAAAGUUUCCACAAAGAAUUCGGCAGAUGAAUGUGAUUGGAGGAAAAAUUUCAGUAAUAGUAACCGGAAUUACACGUUGAAAUUGGAUACAAAUGUAACCAUCGAGCAUAUUUUAGCCGCAAUUUCUGAAGGAUUUGAUAACUAUAUGGAAUCAUUCACAUUGACUAAUCUACCACAAAUCACGCCACCUCUCUUUCUGUCACGUAUCUCAGGAUCAAUGUACGCACUUUUAUAUACAAUAUUCGAUAAAUGUGAGACAAGACCUAGAGAAAUUUGUUGGAGUGGAUGGAAAGGUCACAUGACAGGUCGUACACUAAUCGCUCGAAUUCGCCUUGAAAUAGCUAAAUGCAAGCCUGGAACCAGUAUUCGAUGCUUCGUCCCAAUGGAUAUAUUCGACGACUUUUUCACUCGAAUUUGCUACCGAAAUGUUGUUCAUAUGACAGUAGUCUCUAAUAUGUGCAAGGAAAAUUAGUUUCACUUUUUCAAAUAGUCUAUACACCGCCACAUUCUGCCUUCAAAACCCGAAUCUCUGAACUCUACAUCAAGUGAUAUCUUGAAUAACUGUAUCUCUACACUGCUCCCUGGAUAUAUGUGAUUUUAAUAAUUUUCAAUUGCUGCCAUAAGGUUCAAAUAUUGCACUUAAAAUGUUGAUAAAUAUUUUAUUGAUU